AGUUGGCUCUGAGCUCUCGCUAGGAUACAGAGAGAGAGAGAGAGGGAGCUGCUGCCGCAGUUAGACACAGACAGAGACAGCGAGCGGCUCCCAUUGUGUGUAUUCCACUGACUCCGCUCGCAAACAGCGCAUCCCUCGGCAGCGGGAGAGUGAGAACCGGCAGGCGGCCGGGGUAAAGCCUGCAGCCGGGACUCGGACACCGGCACGUAGGGAGCGACAGAGCCGAGUGAAAGCGAAGCGUUCGGGGGCCGCCUCCGGUUCCAGGGCGGCGGCGGACUGUGCCUCAUGUGGGCUCUCGGGGCGGCGGCGCUGCUGCUGCUGGCGGCGGCACUGAGGAUACCAGUGGAAGCAAGUGAACUUGGGUCAUGCACACCUGGAUUUUCAGAAGAUGUUUACAAUGCAGACGUUUCAAGGACUAUUCAUGAAGGGCAGCCUCUUUUGAAUGUUGGCUUUGAUGACUGUUUCCGGGGUUUGGCAGUACAGUAUGAAACCAGCGACCGGAGCUUCAAGGUCCAACGUGACGGCGUGGUGUUCGCAACUGAAGACAGACAUCUCUCUGGGAAACAAGUGAAGUUUGUGGUUACGGCACGGGGAAUGGAGAGCCCCGGACAAUGGCAAACCGUCGUCAAGUUAACCGUAAGAGCCAAAGACGGAACCAAACACACAGGCCAACAGAACUGGAAGCCAAGUAGUGCUGUCCUAUCUCAGAAUGUUCCGGACAUCAUUUUCCCACGGUCCCAGCUGGAACACCCGGGUUAUCUGAAACGCCAGAAGAGAGACUGGGUCAUUCCACCAAUCAACGUUCCUGAAAAUUCUCGCGGUCCUUUCCCUCAAGAAUUGGUCACGAUCCGAUCUGACCGUGAUAAAAACCGUUCGCUACGCUACAGCGUCACAGGGCCAGGGGCAGAUCAACCACCAGCCGGAAUCUUCAGUAUCAAUCCCAUCUCCGGUCAGCUGGCCGUGACUAAACCUCUGGAUCGGGAGCAGAGAGCCUCAUACCAUCUAAGAGCCCACGCGGUGGACCUGAAUGGGAAUCAAGUGGAAAAUCCAAUCGACAUAGUUAUCAAUGUCAUCGAUAUGAACGAUAACCGGCCAGAGUUUCUACAUCAAGUUUGGAAUGGUUCUGUUCCGGAAGGGUCAAAGCCAGGAACGUUUGUGAUGGCAGUAACUGCAGUGGACGCUGAUGACCCUAAUUCCGCCAAUGGCAUAUUAAGAUACAAGAUUCUCUCUCAAAUGCCAAACAGUCCGUCUCCGAAUAUGUUCACAAUCAAUAACCAGACGGGCGAUAUCGUCACUGUAGCGGCUGGCCUUGACAGAGAGAAAGUUCCACAGUACACCUUAAUCAUCCAGGCCACUGAUAUGGAGGGGAGUCCCACGUACGGCCUGUCCAACACUGCCACUGCUGUUAUUAAAGUCACCGACGUCAAUGACAACCCGCCAGAGUUUACCGCUGCCACGUUCUAUGGGGAAGUCCCAGAAAAUAGAAUUGAUGUCAUUGUUUCAAACCUGACCAUAACCGAUAAGGAUCACCCUCAUACUCCGGCCUGGAACGCAGUUUAUAAGAUAACUGGUGGAGACCCUUCAGGACACUUUGCUGUACCAACUGACCCCAUCAGUAAUGACGGCCUGGUAACAGUUGUCAAGCCUAUUGACUAUGAAACCAGCAGAGCCUUUGUACUGACAGUCAUUGCUGUAAAUCAGGAGCCUCUGACAAAAGGCAUUCAGCUCCCUCCUCAAUCGACAGCCACUGUCUCCAUUACCGUUAUUGAUCUCAAUGAGAGUCCGUAUUUUGUUCCAAACCCCAAGCUGGUCAGGCAGGAAGAGGGCCUACCCGCAGGCAAAGUGCUCACCAUCUUCACAGCUGAGGACCCUGACCGGUACAUGCAGCAGACGAUCAGAUACUCGAAGUUAUCGGAUCCAGCAAACUGGCUCAAAAUCGAUCCACUCCAAGGACAGAUUACCACCGUCGCCACACUCGAUCGUGAAUCCCCUUACGUUAAAAAUAACAUGUACAACGCAACGUUCCUGGCGUCAGACAGCGGUAUCCCUCCAGCAAGUGGGACAGGCACUCUGCAGAUCUACCUGCUCGACGUCAAUGACAAUGCGCCACAUGUCUUCCCUGAGGAAGUCUCCAUUUGCGAGAAGCCGGAUCCCAAUGCCAUUAACAUCACCGCUACUGACACCGAUAUCGACCCAAACACGGGGCCGUUUGCCUUUGAGCUCCCUGACAGCCCGGCGGACAUCAGGAAGAACUGGACGAUAACCCGGCUCAACGGUGAUUACGCGCAAUUGAGACUGAAGAUUGGAACCCUCGACGAUGGCCUUUAUAGAGUGCCGAUCAUGAUCAUGGACUCUGGAAACCCGCCUAUGUCUGCGACCUCUGACCUCCUUGUCAAGGUGUGUCCCUGUGAUGAAAAUGGCGACUGUACAUCAGUCCAGGCAAUAGUUGCGGCUGGCUUGGGGACUGGGGCUAUCAUCGCCAUUCUGCUGUGCAUCAUCAUCCUACUCAUCUUAGUCUUGCUGUUUGUCAUCUGGAUGAAGCGUCGUGACAAGGAACGGCAAGCCAAGCAGUUACUCAUUGACCCGGAGGAUGACGUGAGGGACAACAUCUUGAAAUAUGAUGAGGAGGGGGGCGGAGAGGAAGAUCAGGAUUAUGACCUCAGCCAGCUCCAACAACCCGACGCGGUGGAGCCCGAUGCGAUCAAACCCAUGGGGAUCCGGCGAGUGGAUGAGCGGCCAAUCCAUGCCGAGCCUCAGUAUCCAGUCCGUUCAGCAGCUCCUCACCCGGGCGACAUCGGAGACUUCAUCAAUGAGGGGCUGAAGGCUGCAGACAACGAUCCCACUGCACCCCCUUACGACUCGCUGUUGGUGUUUGACUACGAGGGCAGCGGCUCCACGGCAGGAUCUUUGAGUUCGCUCAACUCCACAAGUUCUGGAGGAGACCAGGACUACGACUAUCUGAAUGACUGGGGCCCGAGGUUUAAGAAGCUGGCAGAUAUGUACGGCGGUGGCAGUGACUGCUAGGAACUCUCGCUUCUUUCCAGCGCAAGUGGGAAUGUUUGCAGACUUUUUAAGAACUUCUGACCGAUUUAUUUCCAGCAGCAACACACACACACACACACACACACACACACACACACACGAAAAAAAGAGCUAGGCUUUUACAUGUUAGUCAACUGGUUAAAACGCACGUUGAAGCUUCAGUACAGGCUGCAAACUACUUGCGUGAGUGAAGUUAUCAGUAAACUGACACUGUUUUAAAGGAAAUAUUGAUAAGAGCUCUGUUACACUUGAAUCUCAAAGUACAGAAGCACUGGGAUUUUGUGCCUUUUUGUACACUUUUUUGAUCUCCAGAAUCAUUAGAUUUAUGUUACACGCUUUAAAAGUACCUGUGACAUUUUUGAAGUGAUAAUCCUCUUUUCUUGAUCCUCUCCAACAGCAACACAGUGGAGGGGCUUAGGGGAAACUCAGUUAGACAAUGGUGAGCUAUUCUCUGCUUUUAGUUUAAAUAAGACGCUAAAGACACCAAAUCUCCUGUUUUUUUUUUAAAAACAUGUAAGUAUCGCCUUUUGUUUCAGUGGUGAAAGUGAGCAGAUUUCAGACUACGGAUUUUGAAAAGCACUGCAGUACAUUUGAAACGGGCUGAGACUUACAGAAGGUUACCCUGAUGUUUGUCACAGUGCUGUGAAACUUCCAUUUUCUCAAGCCAGAAAAGAAAAUGAGAGUUUAAGUUCAGCCUCGAGCUGAAAAAUGGUAUUAAUUUUUUUUUUCUUUAAAAUCUGUUGUACAAAAAGAAAGUGUACAUAAUGUUGAGAGACUUAUUCGACAGACCAGUUCCAAAUCAUGUUGUCAGAAAAACAAACUUUGGACAAUUCAGAUUUUUCUUUUUUGCAUGUUUUUACCAUUUUGUUUUCACGAAGGGAAUUGGUGUUGACGAAGAAAUGCUUUUGGAACAAGUGGUGUUGACCAGUUUGAAAAUUUAGAUAGACCAUGACAACUAUUUUUCUUUUCUAAUUCUUAACUAGCACAAAUGUUUUACAUGGUUUGUACCAAAUACCAAGAGGGGUGGGAGAGAUGCUGGUAGCACAUUCAUUAAGGAACAGCUUUUGAACCAGGAGAGAAUUGUGACAAUGGCUUUUGCCUAUUUUAUUGUGUACCAGAAUCAAAACAUUACACCUCUGGCCCGGAUAUAAAUUAAAGGCUACUUUUGGAA